AUUCCCUCCAUCACCUCACCCUUCCGUCCCUCCGUCGUUCAUCCUCUCCUUCUCCCUCUCUCCCCUCUUCCCCUUUCCUCCCCCUUCCCUUUACUGCAUCGCGCGGCGUCUGCUCCUCCUGUCUAUCUGUCUCCUUUUGACUGGCAUCUGCACUCUUAGUCCGACACCCGUCUCAUGAACCUUUAAUAUAUCCUCGUUCCUGAAUCUCACACCUCGCAGGUCUCGUCGCCUCUGGUCCUGGCUCCUCCUUCCCAAUCCCCGCAUCCCCUCUCUCCCAUCACAAUCCCUCUUUUCACUCUCUUCUCAUUCACUCUAAUUGUCCCAGCAUUCGGAUUCGGAAGCCAUGUUCAGCAAGACCAGCAAACGCAUCUCACUCAACCCUAUCGACAACCGGCAGUAUGAGGGCGAUACAACCCCCAUCAUGACCGACUAUAUACCCCCGACCACACCCACAACCCCUACAACCCCAAACGCACCCAGAUCGAUACACAAUGGACACCAGGGGCACCGGGGGAAUGGCGGAUACAGUAAUGGAGGAGGUGGUGGUGGUGGUGGGAGGACGAUGAAAUCGGCGCCGAUUCAGCUCCCAGGAAACAGUGGUAGCAGUGCUCACAGUGGCACCAGUUACAGCAGUGGCGGAAGAACUCGAGGACAACCGCCGACAUCUCCACGCUAUGAUGGGUUUGGUCAAAGCGGCAGCGGCGGUGGCCAAGGCGGUGGAAAUGGCGGUGGCAAUGGCGCUCGAAGGAACAAUACGUACCACGCGAGCAGUAACCAGCACCACCUGCAGCAUCAGCAGCAGCGCCAUAACACGACCCGCCACGGCGGCGGCGAUCGUCCUAGGCAACAACAACAACAGCAGCAGAUGACUUAUCAUUCCUCUCGCAGCCAGCCGGACCUGCAUAGCGGAUACCAGCCUACGCCGCAAAUGUACUCGCCCACAUCCCCGUCGUUCCAUAACCAGUACCCGCCACCAUCCCCCGGCUCACCCUUGCCGCCGUAUGUUGAGAGGCCGGUGAUGACACCGCCACCGCCGAGUUAUUCACCUUCCUCACGGGACGUUGGAGGCGGAGGAAGCGGUCGAGGAGUGCCUGCACGAUCGGUGAGCAAUGAUCCGGAGCUGGCGAUGUACGAGAGCAGUGCGUACUACACCAACCGUAACCGUAAGCAGCAACAACAACAGCAAUUGAUGCAGCAACGGCGGAGGCAGCAGCAGGAGCAGGAAGAGAAAGGAGAGUGUUGCUCGUGCUUAAAGGAUAUAGGAGAAUUUUGUCCGUGCCUGUGUUUCUGUUGUCUCUUUGGAGCCGUUGCCGUAUAGGAAUGUUCAUUGUGUUUGUCUUCUUUUUUUUCUUUUUUUUUUUCUCCUUUUCCUUUUUCCUUUUCCUUUUUCCUUUUCC